AUGAGCCAAUCCGGCCAAGACGGUGCCAACAGCAGCGGCAACCACCCCACGAGCGGCAUCGCAGGCGGCACCAGUGCCAAGCCUACACCAGCGAAUAAUGUCGGCGGCGGGGCCGGCUGGGGGGACAAAGGGUUCUUCAAGGGUGGUUCAGACCAGCAAGGGACUGGGGCUCCGCACGAGGGACUGGGGCAUGUGGCCAACCCUCGUUCCAGUUUCGGAAACUUUUUCGGUCUCCAGGAGCAGAAGACCCGCGCCGAAAACAAGUUCAUGGAGAAAGCGGACUUGGCGGCUGCCGACGCUCCGCCGACGACGGAGUCCGGCGAACCUACUUGUGCCGGCGAGGAUCAUUCUUUCAUGCAGCGUAAACCGGGAUGCCCGGAUACGUUGCCUGGGUGGGAGAAGGCGAAGGAUGUACUUGGGGCGUAA